AUGGCCAUGCAGGUCCCCCAUCUGCUGUCUGCAACUCUUGCUCUAGCAGCUGCGCACCGCCGAACAUCCGGCCUUUCUGAAGGAGAUUGUCAAUUUGAACUGAUGAAGGGGAGCAGCCUUACACAGUUGAGAUCUGCCCUAGGCCAAUUCAGUCCACCCGAAAACGACAAAGUCCUUGCCACCACCCUGCUCCUAUGUAUGGCCGAAGUCAUAUCCCCUCCUACAAGCAUCUCAUCGUGGAGGUCACAUCUCUAUGGCGCUGGCACCCUCUCUGCCCAACACAGCCGCUCAAGCGGCGCCAGUGUAUCGGCCAUUUCCGGCUUUCUCAGGAGAAAAUACCGUGCUCUGCAAGCAGUAGCUUUGGCUUGUUGUUCGAAAAGAUUCGAGGGGUGCAUACUAACCACUCAUUGUGAUGAUGGCCAUGCUUAUAUUGACGACUUAGCCGGAUAUUCUACGAACCUGCUGCCGAUUUUUGAAGAGAUUAACAACCUGGAGCGAAUGCGAGAGGAUUUCAACUCUGAUUUUUGCUGCGACUGUCCGCCUGGACCACCGCAUUUUGACUGCAAUUCGCCUCUGGAGCACAAGUCCCACUUAUUAUUCGACCGCAUCAGAGCAUUAAUGGCACAGAGAAAGAUGUCACGGACACAGAGUGAUGGAGACCUUCCUUGGGCCGUCUAUCAUGACCUCUACCUCGUCGAUGAAGCCCAUCACCAUAUGGCCCUUCUUCAGAUCUUUCGUCGUGGAUCCUUGUCCGUUCCUUUGCAACUGAUCGACGAUAGCAGACGAUCAAUCCUAGAUUGUCUCACUGCGGUCACGUACCAAGCCGGCCCCUGCCCCGGGGUGGCCGCGCUUCCUCCUUUGUUCGUGGCGGGUAUCCUAUGUACCGAUAAAUCAGACAGGGACAAGGUCUGCAGCUUGCUGAAAACCAUGUGGAUGAAUUACGGAAUGGGAAAUGUGAGGUCUUGUCAGACUGUGCUACAAAAGUGGUGGAAGCAACAGGAUGAGAGGUCUGCUCAAUCGGCGCUUUCAGGGCAGCUGCGAGAUUUUCAAGUUGAUGAUGAUGUCCUCCCAUAUUGA